AAACAAGAUUAGGCUCACCCCUCUCUCCCCAUCUCUCUGUCUAUAGCUAUUAUAACUCGUAGCUAGCUAUUAUCUCCAGAGUCCGGAGAGCCAAACAAUGGUGAGAACGCCUUCGUAUGACAAAAGUGGACUGAAAAAAGGGACCUGGACCCCCGAGGAAGACAGCAAGCUAAUUGCCUAUGUUACUCGGUAUGGCUGCUGGAAUUGGCGCCAACUCCCCAGGUUUGCAGGACUGGCGAGGUGUGGGAAGAGUUGCAGACUGAGAUGGAUGAAUUAUCUGAGACCCAACAUCAGAAGAGGCAAUUACACUCCUCAAGAAGAGGACAUUAUCAUUGAACUGCACAAACAGCUGGGCAAUAGAUGGUCCUCCAUUGCUGCACAUUUGCCCGGAAGAACCGAUAACGAAAUAAAGAACCACUGGCACACCAACCUGAAGAAGCGAUUUCAACAUAACUCGAGCGACACCCAUAAAUCUAAAAGGUCAGAAGAUACUUCCACUUCCAAACAACACCACAGUGGUUCUUCUCACUCAUCUUCUCCUCCAGAAUCUGCUUCUUCCCAGAUCGAAAUCCUGGAUUCUAGCCCAUUGUCUCCCCAGUCAUCAUCCUCAUCUGCCACGCCUUCCUCUUCCCUAAAUUCAAGUCUGGAACAUGACUUAUCUUUCCUCGAUGCUCUCCCUGAGCCUGAUACCCAAGGUCUCUGGACCCACCUUAAUCUGGACGACAUCUUUCGCCAUCCAACAGAAACAAUGCCAGUGCUCUCUCCUCCUCAAACUUCAUCUAUUCCUCGAACCAUGCUUGUGGACGAUGAUUUUGCUUUCCUGGAUUCACUUCCCCAGGCACCAUUUGACAGUUCUCUGAUAGACGCACAAAUGGCUGACGUGUCUUACCCAACGCAAUCACAGGCACCCUUGGGCGCUGAAUUAGAAUAUCUUUAUCCCCUUUAUGAUCUAGAUCUCUGGAGUCAAGGCACCGAUUUGUAUGUAUGAGGGGGGAAAACCGAAAAAGCACAUAUUAGCUUAUUGAAUAAGCACGAAAAAUUAUUACAUCAGGGGAAGCUGUGAACUUCGCUUUUUGUGAUUUACAGUGCCUGAUGAGCAAUAAUUAGUCUGAGGUGUCGUCACGUGUGAACGAUGUGACAUUUUCGCGCUCAGUUGAGUGUUUGUGUGUAUAUGUAUGUAUGUGUGUUUGUCAAUUUGUAAUUGUAACUAUAAAAUAAUAGGACAUCUCGAGUUUUU